AUGUCAAAUCCAUCAUCAUUACGUUUUACUGGUUUUAUUCGUGAUGUUCGAACAUCGAAACGUAAUUUACAACAAACAUUAUCACAGCCAACAACAACUACAUCGACAAGUACAAAUGAAGAACUAUCACAUUCUCCAGGAUCUAAUACAUCAUCAGUAUUUUUUGAUGACCCAAUUAAUUAUCAAGCAUUACAAAAAAUGAAUGAAGGAUUAAAAACUGAAAUACACCGUUUGACACAUUCUAAUGAAGACAAUACGGCUAAGCUAAAAUUACAGCUUCAACAAUAUGAUGAACUUCAACAAGCAUAUAAACAACUUGAAAUAAAAUAUAAUCGAUUAUUAGAAAUAGAAAAAGUUUAUAAACAAAACAAAUCAUCUUAUGAUUCUUGUUUACAUGAAAAUGAACAAUUAAAAGAAAAAUUAUUACAUAUAGAAGAUGAAAUGAAUCGUAAAUAUUUAGAAGAAUAUAAUAAACAAAAAGAAAAAAUUGAUCUAUUAGAAAAUGAUCUUGUAACAUUGAAAUCAACACAAAAUUAUCAACAAGAUUUACAAGUGAAAAUUGAACAUUUACAAAAAGAACUUCAACUUAGCUUAAUAGAAGAAUGUGAGACAUUACGACGUGCUUUAGUAGCUAAAUCAGAUGAAUUUGAUUUAAAACAGCGUGAAAAUGAACAAUUAAAAGCUAAAAAUGUUGAUCUUGAAUCAAUAAUUAAAUCAUUACAAGAUGCAAAUGAUUUACAAAAACGAUUAGAUGAUGAAAAUGAAGUAAAUAAACAAGAAUUAAAGAAAAAACAAGAUGAUUUUGAACAAUUUCAAAAAAUGCAUGAUACAACAAAACGAGAACAUCAAGCGACAAUUCAUGUACUUCAAGAAAAAAUUCAUGAUCUCGAACGUAAAACUGAAUCACAAAGUUUAAAAUAUGAAGAAAUUCUUCUUCAGUUAGAAUCAUUAAAAACGCAACAAAAACAACAUCGUGUAUUACCUUCAUCAACUGAAAAUAGUUCAUUGAUUAAUAAUCAUCAGAGUCCAUUAUCAACUAUGGUUGAUUCUCAAACAUCAACAAGAGAUGAUAGUGCACCAAUUCAUUCUCGUCAACGAUUAACAAAUUCAAAUGAUAAAUUAGCUCGAAUUGUUGUAGCAAAAUAUUCAUAUGAACCAUUAAGAUUUUCUCCAAAUGAUCAUCCAGAAAUUGAAUUGCCACUUAAAUUAGGAGAAUAUUAUAUUAUCUAUGGGAAUAUUGAUGAAGACGGUUUUUAUGAUGGUAGAAAUUUAGAAGGUCGAUAUGGUUUGAUACCAUCAAAUUUUAUUGAACUAGUAAAAUAUCCAAAUGAUAUACCUGAAAAUUCAAAACAUAAUAUCCAAAAAUUAAUCGGAAAUAUAUUUCCUAUUGAUGAACGAACUUCACAUCAUCGUGAUCAAAUGUUUAGUUCAGAUUCGGAUUCAUUUAAUAUGAAUUCUUCCAUUCUUAAUCCAACAGUCCGAACGCCAACAAAUAGUAAUUCAUCGGAUAUGACAAUUAGUGAUCUUUCCUAUGGAAAAAAUAUUCCACAUCCAAUUAAUCUUCACAUUGAAAAAUUUCUUAAUAAUAGUGUUUUAAUUGCUUGGGAUCCUCCUUUAUCUAAUGUACAAAUUUUUGGUUAUCAAAUUAUGCUUGAUCAUAAACUUUAUACAACUAUUCAUAGUAAUGAACGUACACGAGUUUUAAUUGAAAAUAUAAAUUUCAAUGAAAAAUAUCAUCGAAUUAGUAUUCGAACAAUGACACAACUUGGUUUAUCACGUGAUCAACAAUGUACAUUAUUAUUAACAAAUUCAAAAGAUUUAUCUUAUACUCCAAAAGAUUUACGUAUUGAUCGAAUAAAUCAAACAUCAGCUGUUGUUUCAUGGUGGCCAGCAUCAAAUGAUAUUAUUCAUAAAUUAUUUGUUAAUGAUAAAGAAGUACAAACAAUUAAACCAGGAAUUUAUCGAUUUAAAUUAACAAAUUUAUCACCAAAUACAAUUCAUAAAGUAACAAUUAAAGCAAAACCAUCAAUAGCAACUAGUAUACAACAACAAUUAAUAGCUUCCAUUGAAUUUCGAACAACUUCAUUUGACGAAUCAAUUGAACCACCUAGACGAGUGCAAGCUACUGCUGAUACACAAUCAAAUACAGUACAUGUUUCAUGGGAACCAUUAUCCACAAUAAGUGCAAUUCGUGGUUAUCGAAUACUUAUUGAUGGACGUCAAAUAUUAGAUAUCACAAAUCCAUCAAAUGAUCAUACAGUAAUAAAUUUGAAUAUAUUACAUCAUGGACGAUUUUUAACUAUUCGAACUUUGACUGACAAUGGUGGUGAAUCACAUGAUUCAAUGCCCAUUGAUAUUGAUGAUAUUUUAAAAAAAACUUCUCAUCCAUUAUCAACAAUAUCAUCAGAACCACCCAUACCUAUUAUUGCAUCUCCUUUAUUAAAACCAACAGUAAAUGGAAAAGAAAUAAGUAAAUUCUUAACUCGAUCAUCAUUAGAAUCUCCUUCAACAACAUCAUCAAUAAGUACAGAUAUACCACAAAUUGAAUUAAAUUCAAAUACUUCUAAAACAACAUCAAAUAAUAAAUUCACAUUUAAACCACAUGAUAUUUCGGAUUCAAAUCGAAUUCGAACAACAAUCAAUGAAAAUUUUGAUGUAAAUAAAUCCACAUUAUCUGGCGAACAACGUUCAACUCCAACAACACCAAAUAAAAAUGGACGAUUACAAAGAUCAACAAGAAUAAAUAAUCAUUUACUUGAUAAAACUAAUACUUCACCACGAUUAUUUAUUGCUUUAUUUGAUUAUGAUCCACCAGCAAUGUCACCAAAUCAAAAUAGUGAUGAAGAAUUACCAUUCAAACAAGGACAAAUUAUCAAGAUCUUUGGUGAUCAAGAUGCUGAUGGUUUUUAUAUUGGCCAAACAGAAAAUGGACAUACUGGUUAUGUCCCUAGUAAUAUGGUCUCAGAAGUAGAAGUUACGGAUUCUGAAAAUGAAUCAACAAUAACUGCCGUAUCAUCCAAAAAACGAACAUCAUCUCUAUCAGCACCAAAAAGUCCAAAACCAAUUAAAAAAAUGGUUGCCUUAUUUGAUUAUAAUCCAAGUGAAUAUUCACCAAAUAUAAAUUCUAAUGAUGAAUUAUCGUUUCAUUCUGGUGAUGUUAUAUAUAUACAUGGAAAUAUUCAUGAUGAUGGAUUUUAUUCGGGUGAAUUAGAAAAUGGAAAAAAAGGUCUUGUACCAUCAAAUUAUCUUAAAGAAAUAUCUGAUGAAAAUGCAAUAGAAAAACCUAUUGAAGCGAAUGAAAAACAACAAACAUCAACAAACGUGAACGAUAAUGAAACGGCAACAGAAAAACCAAUCGAACAACCACCGGCUCCUUCUACUGAAGCUCCAAAAGUUGGCUUUUUCGAUCGUUUUAAAAGUACAUUUUCAUGGAACUUAAAUGAACCGAUUUGA